AUGGUAUUCUUUGAGGUGGAGCAGAAUAUAUUCAUCAGUGAUGUUGCUUUGUCCUCCUCCUCUCAGAGGCUGCAAGUUUCCUCACAGCUCUCUGAUGUCGUUCCUGUAACAGCUGAUGUUCAGGUGUCUGAUGCCUCUGAUAUACAUGAAUCUGAUUCCUGCAGUUUUCCUGGAGUCCAAGAAAACAUCAGUGUGCGUGAGGCAGGAAAAAACACUAAGACCAAAAAAGAUCAGACUGGAAAAGGGACCAACAUCUCCCACAGCCUGAAAGACAAGGGCGCUAAUAUCACCCCAGAAAGUGAUCCAUCUAUGCCCUCCAAAGACCAGGAAGAAAUUCCCACCUUUGAUGAAUGGACAAAAAUCAUAAUGGAGGUGGAGAAUGAAAAGAGUCACACUCAUGUUUCUAAUGGUCUUCAUGCUGCUGUUAAGAAGCUUCAGCAGACAUUCACCAACUACGCCUCAGUGGAUUGUGGAGCAAAGAUACUAUCCUCCAACCCCGAGGCAAAGAGUGCUUCAGCUAUUCUGAUGGAGAACAUGGAUAUGUACAUGCUGAAUCCCUGCAAUAACAAGAUGUGGUUUCAUGUCAUUGAUGCCAAAUGCCAUUGGUUCUUGCAUGUCUCAGAAUCGCGAUGUGACAAGCUUCAAUAUGCAGAAGCAUAUCCAACCAACAAAUGGGUAAAGCUCGGCACAUUUCAUGUGUGUGACGAGCGGACCGUACAGAGUUUUCCAUUGGAUGAACAUUUGUUUGCUAAAUACAUCAAGAUGUUCACCAAAUACAUUAAGGUGGAGCUACUGUCUAAGUUAGGCUCUGAACAUUUCUGUCCUCUCAGUCUAGUCAGGGUUUUUGGCACCAGUAUGAUGGAGGAGUAUGAUAUGAAUUCAGAGCCAGCGGACAGACAACAAGAUGACCAUGACUAUGAUCAGCCUCCUGACUUUGUGCCAUUAGGUGAGAAAUCCUCCAAAAAUCUGAUUGGAUCUGCCAAAGAUGCUCUUCUCACUAUGGUGAACAACAUUGCUGCCAAUGUGCUGGGUGCAAAUCCAGACAAUGCUGCAGGAGGAGAUCAAACGAUUAUCCCAAAGAGGAAAAAGCCAAACUUACGUUUGCAACCUCUCACAGCAUUACCACACAAGAAACCCUCUAUUUCAGCCAUGACAGUCCCAUCUCAAACUCAUCACAUUCACACCCCAAUCACAGAAGUGCCAAUAUCUUCAGAAAACACUGAAAUCCUGUUUGUUCCAGAAACCCAAUCAAGGCUUGAAUCUUUGGAUCUUGAGCCUAGUCUGACUUCAGAUCUGCUUAAACCAGUUUCUGCUGACUCUCUUUCCUUCAAAGCAAUCCACCCCAUUGAACUGGCAUGUCCAUCUGUCACUGAGUGCCUUAAAGCAAAGUUCCCCCAACAGAGCCUUGAGAAACCUUUUCAUACCAACCUCUCGGAUUUAACAUCCAGCCCUGCUGUUAUAAGCCAGGUAGGUUGUGGCCAGAUAUCAGUAACAACGGAAAAGUCCAACCUUGACAAUGACCUUUCAACUAUUAGGGUUUCAAAAGAUACAGUAGAUCAGUCACAGCAUGCUUCCUCAUCUACUCUUGUGGAUCCCACAAUGCCUAAACCAUCCAAAAGCAAGAUGGUCACAGGUGGAGAGCUGACACCUCCUCAGUCUGUUCAUCCUACAGUUGGGUCAGUAGAGUUAAUUAACCUAAAAAGCAAGGAAAUCUUGGAUGAUGUUGUUCUGGAGACCAACCCUAACAUUGAACAACCAUCCUCUGAGAUCUAUGCGGAAAUGCAAAACUCCCUGGAUGUACCGGUCCAUGGCUCUAGUCAGAAAGAGUCAGUUUUAAUGAGGCUCAACAAUCGCAUUAAGGUCCUGGAGAUGAACAUGUCUCUCAGUGGACGCUAUCUAGAGCAGCUGAGCCAAAGGUACAGGAAACAGGUGGAGGAGAUACAGAAGGCUUUUAACAAAACAAUCAUCAAACUUCAAAAUACUUAAAGAAUUGCUGAGGAACAGGACCAGAGACAGACAGAAUCCAUUCAUAUGCUGCAGACACAGCAGGAGAAUAUCACUCAACUCGUUCUCAAUCUGUCAGUCAGUGUGAGUCAGCUACAAAGAGAGAUAUUGUAUAUAUCACCAAUUCACCAGAAACUAUAAUUUUAUCGUAUUUCUUUUUUACAAGAUACAAAUUUGGUAAAUACACAUAAUGUACAUAUUCUACUUACUAAAUAAGAAAAUAAUUAAUUGCAUUAUUGGGUGUUUCUUCAACUUCAGGCACUUUUAGAUUUUUUAUAUUCUUUUUAAAGUAUAAAGUCUUGUUAAAAUAUAUUUCACACUCUCAUUACUUUAUUUAAUUUGUCUACUAACAAUGUCCAACAGUGUAUGUCCAUGCAUUACAGGAGAUUUGUCAUUUUUUGUCAUGAAAAUUCCCACCACAGUGUCGUUUCCAGCACAUAUCAAAUUCUGAAUAGUGUUUAAUAGAAUUCUGGGCUGGAAAUUACAUUGAUGGAAAUGACAUUUUUAAUGUUUUUGAAAUAAAAGGGCAGACUCCUUUGUCUUGCUAAGGCUAAUUGCAUAACUAACAAUUUAUGUGUCCUAAAUACUCAAAAUUAAAUAAUAUAUUCACACUUUUGCAUAAUUUGGUAACAUAAGAGCUUUAUUGGAAAUGACGCCCAAUAAAAAAAACUCCACUCACAAAUAAAAAUGUACCUUGAU